CUUUAACAAGCGCGCCGUCGAUCCAGUACGAGCCGGUCUCCAUCUGAACAAAAUUGACUCGCACCACAGCUGAGCGGUUCCGACGUCUUGGCGUAUUUGGUAGCUUAUCCUGCACGUGUCCUGCCCUAUUUCAUCCUCGCUGCGUCCUCUUCCCUUUUCUUCAUUUUUAUUUUCCGUGCCAUAUAAGCAACGCAGAAAUAACUGCACGCGUCCUAUAACUAUUCCGUCCAAUUUGAUACUUACUCUCGAUUGUCGCGCAACACGCCAACAUGAAGUUCACCACUGUUGCGGCUAUCGCCGUUUGUGCUACCCCGGCUGUCGCCCUUGUUGGGCGCACGAGUGACAACACCAAUGGUCACUGCAAGAAGACCACUGUUGCCAUCCUUGGUGGUGGUAUGGCUGGUGUCGCCGCUGCUCAAGCCCUGAAAAACAACUCUGUCACGGAUUUCAUGAUUCUCGAGUACCAGAACCGUCUUGGUGGCCGCGUGUUGCACCAAAACUUUGGUGCGAAAAAGGACGGCUCUCCGUACGUCAUUGAGAUGGGCGCCAACUGGAUCCAGGGUCUUGGCCACGCUGGUGGACCCGAAAACCCGAUUUACACCUUGGCCAAGAAGUACGGCUUGAAAAACACCUACUCCAACUACAGCUCCAUCCUCACCUACAAUGAGACUGGCUUCACCGACUACUCCCAGCUCAUUGAAGAGUAUUCCACAGCCAAUGAGAAGAUGGCGGCCGCUGCUGGUCGUCUCCUGAUCAACAACGAGCAGGACCAGACUGCCCGCGCAGCCCUUGCUCUGGCUGGCUGGAACCCCAAACACAGCGACAUGGCUGCCCAAGCUGUUGAAUGGUUUAACUUCGAUUGGGAAGAUGCUCAGACUCCUGAAGUCUCGUCUGCCAUCUUUGGCGCUGCCGGCGCGAACCUCACCUUCAACCAGUUUUCUGAUGAGAACAACCUUGUUGUUGACCCCCGCGGUUAUGACUACAUCAUCACCGAGGAAGCCAAGACCUUCCUCCGCAAAAACGACCCUCGUGUUAUGCUCAACACCCAAGUCACUAACAUCUCCUACACCGACCAUGGAGUAACCAUCCACAACAAGGAUGGUUCCUGCGUCGAGGCUGCCUACGCCAUCUGCACAUUCUCCGUUGGUGUUCUCCAGAGUGACACCAUCAACUUCUCACCCAAACUACCUGAAUGGAAACAGACUGCCAUCGAGAAGUUCUCCAUGGGCACAUACACCAAGAUCUUCCUGCAGUUCAACGAGACCUUCUGGCCAGAAGACACCCAGUACUUCAUGUACGCGUCGCCUACGACUCGAGGAUACUACCCCGUUUUCCAGUCUCUUUCCACCGAAGGCUUCCUGCCUGGUUCCAACAUCAUCUUCGCCACCGUUGUUACGGAAGAGUCUUACCGCAUCGAGCAGCAAACCGACAAGCAGACCAAGGACCAGGUCGUCCAGGUUCUGCGGGAGAUGUACCCCAACGUCACCAUUCCUGAGCCAACCGCAUUCUACUACCCACGCUGGACUCAAAAACCCUGGGCUUUCGGCAGCUACUCCAACUGGCCGGUUGGUACUACGCUCGAGAUGCACCAGAACCUGCGAGCCAACGCCGACCGCCUCUGGUUCGCCGGUGAGGCUACCAGCGCCUCGUAUUUUGGCUUCUUGCACGGCGCGUGGUACGAGGGCCGCGAGGCGGGUUCACAGAUUGCUGGCAUCAUGCAGAACCGCUGCAUUAACGUCUACGGCAACGGAUCCAAGCCUCUCUGUGGCCAGCGCACCCACUAUGAGCAUCUUAAGGGCACCUCGCCUCUUGAGAACUAUGAUCUCAUCAACGGCUGGGCUGUAAGCAGUCUCACUGAGGACGAGAAGGCGGGGGUCGAAGCCCGCCGCAAGUAGGCUCUACGUAGUGUAAAGGGCAAAUCGUAUGCACCUGACGAGGAUUUGGUAGAGGAAAGGGGCAGCUGCCUCGGUUUCACAGAGCUUCUGCUCCGUAGACCUCGCACAGACUUGUUGUCUCUCCGAAGGAUAUCGGUCUCAUGGCCGCGCGCCUGCAGGAUCUAGGAUCUACAGAAGGAUAUUUGUUUACUCAUAUCCGUCUAGGCCGGGAAUACCAACACCUUGGACUCGGUACUUGUUUGCUUUUCUUGUUGCCUCUCGGCGCUCUUGUCCUGGUUACACAAGGGUGUCGACAAGGGGGGGUGGCUCUUUUUCUUGUAUAUAAUUGGAUACCUUGGAUUAAAGUAAUACUGAACAAAAUCAUUUCUUUUU